UUUACCUAUUUAGUAUUUAAUAAUAUUUUACUAUGGUUGAACUACUACAUAUACUAUAUAGAAAUCUGUGGGUUGAACCUAAGUAAUAACCACUAACUAUUAUAUAUUUAUUUACUUACUAUUGAGUAUUUAAACAUCAAAAGUAAAUUUUUUUUCUUAAUAUUUUGUCCAAAUAAAUAUACUUGUCAAUUUAUUCAUUAUUAUUGUCAAUAUGGUCGCCACAUCAGAAGAGUCCAUCAUUCGUAUAGGAACAGUAUUAGCUAACACAAAGUUACCGAUGAAAGAACGCUUUAGAGCGCUAUUUACGCUUAAAAACUUAGGCGGAAAUUUAGCCAUUGAAAAUAUAGCUAAGUGUUUCAACGAUGAUUCAUGUUUGCUAAAACAUGAACUGGCUUACUGCUUGGGACAAAUGAGAGACGAAUAUGCUAUUCCUUGUUUAAUCGAAGUACUUAAAGAUGUCAAACAAGAGCCUAUGGUUCGACACGAAGCAGCUGAAGCACUUGGAGCUAUUGGUAAAGAAAAUGUAAUACCAAUUUUGGAAGAAUAUAAAGAUGACCCCGUGGUAGAACUAGCUGAGACCUGUCAAUUGGCUUUAGGACGACUUUUACUACCUAAAAAUGAAGCAAAUAUCGAAAAUAUUUAUGGGUCUGUAGAUCCAGCACCUCCUUCAAAGAUAAAAAGCAUAGAAGAACUUGAACAAAUUCUUACCAAUGAAAAUGAAAGCCUCUUUAAUAGAUAUAAAGCAAUGUUUUCACUGCGAGACAUUGCAUCACCUGAAAGUAUCACUAUUCUUUCUAAAGCGUUAUCAUGUGGAAGUGCAUUGUUUAAACAUGAAAUAGCAUUUGUUUUGGGACAAUUACAAUCACCACUUAGUGUACCAUAUCUAAAAGAAUCAUUAAUAGAUGAAAAUCAAAAUGAUAUGGUCCGACAUGAAUGUGCAGAAGCAUUAGGUGCAAUUGCAACAGAUGAUUGCUAUGAUAUAUUAAAACAGUAUAUAAAUGAUCAAAAGGUAGUCGUCAAAGAAAGUUGUGAAGUUGCAUUAGAUAUGUGUGAAUAUGAAAACUGCCCCGAUUUUCAAUAUGCAGAUACGCUUGAAAAAGUUACUCUAUAAGUUAGUAAUUACUAAUUUGUGUUAAAUUUUGAGUUUACAAUAAAGAUAAUAAAAAGAUAAAGUUAAAUAA